AUGCAAAGCAUUCAAAAGCUCCAAAACGGCCAGGGCCAGCGCCUCCAGGCCCAGUACUUGUAUUCAAGUUUCCCCCGCGUGGCUGCGCGGCUGCUGGAGGCCGCCUUCGCCGCGGGGAGUUCCCGCGUGGAAAUUGUUGCAAAUUUUUCCAAGUUCGAGCUGCGAGUCUGCGACAAUGGGUGGGAAGUUCAAUUAAUUAAUUAA